AGGAUUACAUUAGGGGGUAGAAGAAACACUUAUCUGAUGAACAGUUUCAACUCUUUUAUUGAAGAUAAUGAUCUCCUGGAUCUUCCUAUCAGUGGUUGUCGAUUUACAUGGAGCUUAGGGGCUAACAGCAACUCUCAGUCUCGUAUUGAUCGGAUUCUGAUUUCUCCGAGCUUUGAUACUCUCUAUCCGGAUUGCAGGUUAUUAGGAUUGGAAAAGGUGGAGUCUGAUCACUCUCCUCUUCUUCUUCUUCAGUGGGGUGGUAAUAAAAAGCUCAAUCGUCCUUGGAGAUUCGAGAACAUGUGGCUGGAGGAUGUUCGUUUCUUCAUAGGUCUUACCUCUUGGUAUUCUAAUUCGUUGCAAGGUAGUGGAGCAGUGUUUUGUUUCUGUAUGAGAUUGAAAGACUUGAAACAGAAUAUCAAAGUGUGGAACAGGGAUGUUUUUGGCAACAUUCAUAUCAAGGUUGAUAGACUCCUUAAGGAAAUCAAGGGGUUAAGUUUGAUUAAAGAGUCCAGGCCACUCUCUGACUUUGAAGCUGAGGAUUUAAUAGAGAAAAUACUUGAUCUAGAAAAGGCUCUAUCUCUUCAGGAAAUUAGCUGGAGACAAAAAUCAAGGGAGGUUUGGCUUAAGCUGGGGGAUCAGAAUUCAGGAUUCUUCCAUAAAAUGGCUAGCUUUCGUAGGAAAAUGAACUUCAUUUGGAGGAUUAAGAUCAACGAUACAACGGUUGAAGGAAUGGAUAAUAUCGCUCAAGGGGUGGUGGAGUUUUAUUCCAAUCUUUUCCUUGAGGAAUACCAGACUCGUCCCUUCCCCAGCAACUAUAAUCCUCCAUGCUUGAACUCUGCAGAAUCUGCAUCUCUUGAAAAGCCCUUCACAGAGGAAGAAAUAUGGGAGUGCCUCUCUGAUAGUGAUGGUACCAAGGCGCCCGGGCCGGAUGGGUUCUCUUUUGAAUUUUAUAAGAGAUGCUGGAACUUUGUCAAGACUGAUGUUCUGAAUUGCUUCAGUGAAUUCUUCGCUACUGGCAGGCUGCCCAAGAUUGCUACUCAUUCAUUUAUUUGCUUGGUUCCUAAGAAAGGCGCUACUGAAGAUAUUAAGGAUCUUCGUCCCAUUGGUUUGAUGGGAAGCGUGAACAAGCUUAUAUGCAAAGUGCUCUCCAAAAGACUAGGCCAGGUUCUCCCCGCUGUUGUCUCGGUUUCCCAACACGCUUCAGUUCGAGGUAGACAAAUUUCGGAGGCUGGAUUAAUUGCAAAUGAGCUUGUUGACAGCAGGAGGAGGAGCAAGAAACCAAGUCUUCUAAUCAAACUCGACAUCGAAAAGGCUUUCGACAACGUUAGUUGGAGCUGCCUCUUCACCGUCUUGGCAAGAUUAGGUUUUAAGGAGAAAUGGAGGCAAUGGAUUCUUGGUGCGGUUUGCUCCCCUACUAUUUCAGUGUUGAUUAAUGGUGAAUCGAAAGGAUUUUUUACAGCGCACAAGGGGCUUCGCCAAGGGGACCCUUCGUCCCCAGGGCUGUUUGUUCUGGUUAUGGAUAUCCUCUCAUUUAUGCUGUCCAAGCUCAAAGAAGAUGGUAAAAUUAAAGGUUUCUUUAUGAAUGAAGAGGAGCAACGGGGAGAAGUAACUCACUUAUUGUUCGCCGACGACACACUCAUCUUCUGUGAUGCUUCUCCCGACCAGAUUCUCCACAUCACAGUCACUCUUGCUUGCUUUCAGGCGGUCACAGGAUUAAAGAUCAAUCUAGACAAGACAGUCAUUUACACGGUUGGAGAUGUUCCCGAACCUGAGUUUUUUGCUAACAUUCUUGGCUGUAAUUGGAGUUCCAACCCUCCUAAAUACCUUGGCUACCCGCUUGGGGCUAAGCUUAAUGUCAUCUCUUUUUGGUAUCCGAUUCUUUUGAAUUAUAAGAAGAAGCUGGAAAGCUGGAGCAGUAGGUACCUCUCGGCGGGGGGGAGACUGGUUCUCCUCAAGUCAGUGCUUUCAAAUCUCUCAGGAUAUUACUUCUCGCUCUUUAAAGCUCCAAAGAAGGUGAUCGAGGAUAUGGAGAAAGUGCAACGGAAGUUCCUAUGGAGUGGGUUUGGGGAUAAGAGGAAAACCCCUCUGGUCGAGUGGAGGAUUUGCAAAUCGAACAGAAACAACGGGGGUCUGGGAAUUAGAGAUCUAGCCACUUUCAAUAGUGCGAUGCUAUGCAAGUGGUUAUGGAAGUACGGAGUCAACAACAAUGGGUGGUGGAGGACUCUCAUAGACAUUAAAUAUUCCAAAGGUAAAUCUCAAUGGCACACUGGUGGAAGUCGAGGGGGCAGCUCGAGCUCCGUUUAGGUCACUAUCAUGAAAGAGGCUGAGUUGUUUUGGAAUCUUGCUCGGGUGGAGCCUGGAAGCGGUGCUUUUGUCUCCUUCUGGUAUGAUCGGUGGAUUUCGAACCCAUCUCUUGCGGUUAACUUUCCUCGAAUAGCAGUUGUUACCACUGACUUGGAUGCUAGGAUCAACGACAUCGUGGAACUCUCAGGUGAUAAUGUUUCUAUUAAGUUACAUACUAAUAUUGACUUGAGAACGGGUGCUGAGCAGGAGAGGCAUAAUUUGAUUUCGCUUCUUAAUUCCUAUAAUUUCAUUAUCGGUGCUAAUAGUCCGUGCAGACUCGUGUGGCUUCCUGACCAGGAGGCUGGCUUUUUGGUCAAAUCCAUGUACAGAACUUUGCUUGAGGACAGGUGUCCAGGAGUUCCCCAUUUCCCUGCUGAAUCUGUUUGGAGGAAAAUCGUACCUUCAAAGAUCUGCAUCUUCAUUUGGACAGUGGCGCACAACAGCAUCCUAACGCAAGACAAGCUGCAAAAACGUGGUUGGAAUUCGGCCAAUAGAUGUGACCUGUGCUACAUGAAUGAAGAAACGACAGCCCAUUUACUCGCUGACUGCAAUUUCACCAAGCAAGUGUGGAGCAUCAUCAGGAGAAGCUGUAAGCCGUCAGUCUUCCCUUCAGGCAACGAUCUCGACUCUAUUUUGAAGAAUUGGCCAACUGACACCCCUGAUUGUAUGGAAGACUGGUUUAUAUACUGUGCUUUCCACGUUGUUUGUUGGUGCAUUUGGCUGGAAAGAAAUAACAGAAUUUUUAAUGGUAUCUCGAGGAACCCGGAUCAGAUCGUUAGGAAAGUCUUGAAGAAUGUUGCAGGUUGGGGAGUUGCAAAUGGAAAGAUCGACUGUCUGGGGGCUGCUUCCUGGUUUCGGGAACGUAUUCGACAGAUUCAAUGAAUGAGGAAGGUGCUGGUUUUUUGGAUCCAUUUCGAGCGGGGGCGCUGUUUCGAGCAGGGAUUUUUUACUGGUUCGGACAUCUGGAUCCUUUGCUUUGCUUUUCCCCUGCUCCCUUUCUGUUUGGGUUUGGACUGUUUGCUGGUUUUCUCUCUUUUUCUUUUCUGGUUCUUUUGUCAGAGAGAUCAUCCCUCCUGAUCUCCUUUGUACAGCUUUGAACUCUCCUUCCUUAAUAAAGCUUUUCACCUUCAUCAAAAAAAAAAAAAAAAGAAAUGUCCACUAUUUAUAAUGAUAACUUUUAUUAGGUACCGGUUCUCUAACGAUUUUUAAAUGAUUUAAUGUCAGUUGGACCAGUAAAGUACGAGCCGUUCGCAUUACCGGGUCAUUCUCUGAUUCGAUUCUGACAACAUUGAUUUUUUCCCUUUCUUGUUUUCUUAUAGCUACCCAUAACUUGUGAAAUAGUUUUUUCACAUGAAAAUGGAAUGACAAGUGAACACAUUUAUUUCAUUUAUGCUUACUGAUUUAUGAACACAUUUAUUUCAUUUAUCUUUCCUGAUUUAUGUUGUGAUAACGAUAAACAAUAGUAAGUGAACGAGGCAUGCCGCGUAGGCGUUUCGAGAAGCAUGAUUUGUUUGUCAAGACACAUUGGUUUUCCUUUGUUGAUUUUUCCUUUUCAUUUAUACCACCUGACUGAUGGAUAAGGAAGGCGAGAAACGUUUCUCGUGGUGUAUCCGUGCCGAGAAGAACUUCACUGAUCAGAUGAUACGUGUCACAGGGUAUUUAAUUUGGCGUUUUGCCCUGCCUCCAAUACAGGGCGCCGCGUAAUCAAUGUCGCCAGUAGAG